AUGUCCGACGACCCGACCACUGUUUCGCCCGUGCUGCGCGACGCCAGCCCCUCCGCCGGCCACAACGACUCCUCCAUACUCUCAGAAAUCUCCAAUGGCUCCUCCAUCCAGGACGGGGAGAAGCAUCCCAAGGGCAAGAGGAAACGUACCGCUGCCAAGGACAAGAUGAUUCUGGAAGAGGCGUACAAGAACAACCCCAAGCCUGACAAGCAGGCGCGUCUCGAAAUCGUGGACCGCGUCUCCCUCAACGAGAAGGAGGUACAAAUAUGGUUCCAGAACCGACGACAAAACGACCGCCGCAAGUCGCGUCCGUUGACACCAGAGGAACUCGCCGCCCUUAGGUACGGCGGCGUUCAUGGUCUUUCGGACGGUACCGCGUCACGAAGCUUCAUUGCUGGCUUAGGGCAGGACUUGGAUUCCGUUGGCCCUCUGAGGGUAGAACGCGGGCCUGCGUCUCCUACGGCUGAGGAGCACAGCCCAGAGCACUCCUUCGUGGACGCGUCAACACCGAGGACCGGGAGCCAAGACAGCAAUCCCAAGGGCCAAUCCCAGACGACGCCGCCCCAGAGUCAGGAAGCCCCGUCUUCACAGCGCUCCCAGGAGGGCUCUGACGCGCCGAUUCCCUCAUUCUCGAGCUCUGUUGGCUAUCUUGCCAACAGAUGGAACCUCGGGAGCUCUUUCUCGACGCCGUCCACGCUGGGACGUGGCGGUGACGAUUCGUUAAGGCUUGAGCCUUUCCAGCCGUCGUCUUGCUCGUCUGACACGACGCACAACGCGGCCAAGUCCACCUCCCACUUCAGAUUGUCCUUGUCCCUUGAGGGCAAGGCUGAGCUUGUUUCCAACCAAGCUUCACCCACACGUGCUCCACCCCCUCGGCCGUCGAGCACACUGCCCGGCCUUCCUCCUGCCCGCCGUGGCCUUCAGCGUAGCCAUAGCGCGCUGCCAUCCAUCACACUGCCGCCAAUCUCAGCCCUGACGAAGUCUCUGCCACCGCGACUUCCCCGAGGUCGGUCUAGGGAUGUUCAUGCCUGGGAGUCCUGCGCAGACGCAGAGAGGCGUGACGAGCUCACGGCCCAGGCCGAGAACGAGUCAAACGGUUCUGCCAUUGCGGCCAUUAGCUUGCUGCGAUCUUCCAGUGGCGUCCUGCAACCGAGUGCCGCCAAGCGGAACGCUUCCCUGACACGAUCAACGCAGCCGCGUCAGAGUAAGAAGGCCAAGUUUGGCAGGACGUCGUCUACAUAUGCUCGCCUCGAGAACAUUGGGACAACAGACCUGGAGGAGCCUCGCGAGAGCUCAGGCGGCAAGGUCAAGGUCGCCAUGCUCGUGUCGCCCACAGACUCUGACAAGGAGAACUGGAGCCCGGAUGAGGACGGGAGCUCGCAGGGCAACCCGCGUCGACGGCCCUUACCGGCCGGCCCGGCGACCAAGCCUCAGAAUUCCCGCCGGAUGCCCGCGCUCGGUGAGCACAAGGGUCCAGCGUUCCUGAGCAGCAGAGCAAACACGGCGCCGUCGCGGCCGCACGCGCUAUCCAAGGGCGGUGCCAUUGAGAUAUUCGACGACGCGGACCGGCCGACCCCGCGGUCGCGCGAGGACGAGGUGGAGAGGUUCAUGCGUGGUGAGGUGAGCCCAAGCAAAAAGGGUGACAUGGACUGCGUGGCAGGCCUCUUGUCCUUGAGUCAAGGGGCAUGGAGGUGA